ACAGGUCUGAUCCCACCUGGUUCAGAUUACAAAGAAAGUACAGGUGCAUUAUUCAGGGACCACCUACAGUAUAAUUUAUUUACAGGAACCUCCAACACAGCUCAUGAAGCUCAGAAGAGGACCAGCAAACAGUUCCUGGCAGCAGCAGGGGAGCAGGAGCGGCUGGAACUGGUGCGGCACAAAGAGAGGUGUAUCGCGGACCUGGACGGCCGCCUGGAGGCCCUGCUCAAAGACAAGGAGGAGCUGGAGCAGCGGCUGGCCAUGCAGGACUGCCAAGUGAAUGAGCUGCAGCAGCACGUGCAGCUCAUGAUGGAGAAGAACAACGCCAAGCAGGAAGUCAUCCUCAAGCUCUCCGAGCAGGUGGCCGCCUGCAUGGCUGACCCCCAGCGUACCGUAGCCAACUCCAUGGGCACAGAUACCUUCUGCAGGCUGCAGGAGAAGAUUGAGCACCUCAAGGACGAUAUAGAGGCGCACAAGAUCCAAAACAAGUUCCUCAACUCUGAAGUCUACCAGCUUACUAAGCUGUGGAGGAACAGUUCAGAAGAGGAGAAGGGCCUCCUGAUGAAGUGUGCCUACCUGGAGGCCAAAAGCUGCCAGAUUGAGAGCAAGUACCUGGUCAUGCUGUGCAGGCUGCAGGAGAGCAAAGGGCUGGACAGCAGUCAGCAGGAGAUGGUGAAAAGGCUCAUUGAGGACGCACUGCAGGGAGACAAGAAGGAUGUCUUUAAACUCAACCCUGUCAGUGAGUACGACGACUAUGGAUUCAAGACCAUUCCUGAUUAUGAAGUAGAGGACGUGAAGCUCCUGGCCAAAAUCCAGGCCCUGGAGAUCCGUUCCAACAACCUGCGCAACAAUGAGAUGGAGGACAAGCCUUUGCGGACCAGGUGGGCUAACUACCUGGCCAGCUGUCCCUUGGACCAGCUGGCUCCCUCCCCGGAGCUGAAGGGCCUGAUCCGGUGUGGGAUCCCUGUGGAGUACCGGGAGCAGGUGUGGCGCUGGAUCGUGAGGACACGGAUGCAGGUCUAUAGGAAGCGGAAUCCCAAUCGCUACCAGGAGCUGAGGAAGCACUGCGAGGUGUCGGAGCACCCGGCCUCGUGGCAGAUCAAGCUGGACCUGCACCGCACCCUCACCAGCAAUAAGCACUUCUCCUCGCCCACCUCCGACGCAGUCCAAAAGCUGCAGCGCAUUCUGCUAGCCUUCUCCUGGCAAAACCCCACCAUCGGCUACUGCCAGGGCCUCAACCGGUUGGCAGCUAUUGCACUUUUAGUUCUGAAGGAUGAAGAGGAUGCCUUCUGGUGUCUGGUGGCUGUUGUUGAAAUCAUAAUGCCACAAGACUACUACAGCAAAACCCUCACUGCCUCUCAGGCUGAUCAGAGGGUGUUCCGUGACUUUCUUGCUGAGAAGAUGCCUCGCCUGACGGCCCACUUCAAGGAGCACAGCAUCGAUCAUUCCCUCAUCACCUUCAACUGGUUCCUGGUGGUCUUCGUGGAAAGUCUGGUCAGCGACAUCCUGCUCAGAGUGUGGGACGCUUUCCUCUAUGAGGGCACAAAGGAAACUAAUGAACAUAGCAUUUAAUGAUAUGAAUCCCUUCCCUAUGAAGCUGCUGAAGAACAGACGAGAGUUUCACAUGUAGAGGCUGACAGCCGAGCUGCAGGAGCUGGAGAGGAUACAGGAGGAGUUUGUGAAAGAACAACAAGUGGAGCGCAAAGACAAGGACCUGGACACUGCUGUCAGCAAAGACGAAGAAGUAAUACAGACUGCAGUUAGCUUGCAUCACAUGUCCUGACGUUAUUGAAAAAUUACACAUCACUGAUACUAUUUAAACUAAUUUGUUUGCCUUAUUAUUCCCUGCUGUGGAAUAUAGUGGGGCUUACAUAUUGUGUAUGUCACACAUACAUCUAACUGUUAUCCUUUGUCUGUUGUUGAGUAUAUAGGUAUGUCAGACUUACAUUUUUAUAUGUACAGUUCGGCUCUUAUUUUGUAAUGGCGCAUGAUGUACCGACAUACUUGUUUUAGAGUCAACAAAUUAAGUUUACCAAACCUGUCAAAAUGCAGAAUAUUAAUGGAAAUAGGUGUGUUGGUAAUACACACACACACUACAUCUCUGAAUGCUUGACUUCAAAUCCAGUUUAAGUCACAUGAAAGGAGUAUGGUGGUCCUAAGCCCUCGGCUUCCACAAACACAAAACCAACACACAGUGCAGCACAAUUGGCACAAAGGAUAAACCUGUUUCUUAUCUCAUAAAACAGCCUUUUACUAUAAUUAUCAUCUGUCAGUCUCUGAAUUUCUUCAAUCAGCAGUUCCAUUCCACUCAGAUCAGUUCAGUAAAUUAAUUAUUUUGUAGUUUCCCAAGAAAACAAACUCAUUGGAGAUCUUGAAAAUUAAUGUCUUGAAAUGUGAUUAAUUUAGGCCAGGCUAAUCUGAACAAGUACAGAGAUUCCAGUUACUUUUCAGACCGGCAACCAGGUUCCAGAUUUUCUAAACGAGACUAUCUCUGAAAUAAACUUAUUUUAUGCAUUGGUUGUUUGUUUAUAUUCCUGUAAAUUGCAUAGUUCAGUUAUUGCUAAGUUAAGAGGAAGACGUUGCUUUGUUUAAUUAUGUUAAAUUGUAUGGCAAUCCUUCAUGAUUUGCAUGAAUUCACUUAGGUUUAGAGGUACAGUUUUAAUUCAUGUACCUCUGAUAAACCUAAACUAAGUGACAAAAGCAAAAACACAAACGUUUUUUACUUGAGCUUGAAAAGGAAAAAAUAGGAUGAAUACAGUGCUAUAUAUACUGUGUGUGUGUAUAUAUAUAUAAUAUAUAUAUAUAUAUAUAUAAUUGGUCGCUACAUAUAGAUUUUUCAACGCUGGUAAAAUGUUUAAUUCAGUAAUGAUUUUAAAAAUGUUUAUUUUUUAAUUUUUUAGGGAUGCAAGACAUGUAACAACUUCGUGUCUAAAGUUUUUAAAUGCCAACUGUUAAAUAAAUAGAAUUAUGGAUAUUAAUGUGUUGAUAGUAGGGAUAGCUUUUGUGACUGGAGCAUGGCUGCAUUGUCUAUUGCGCUGAAUUUUAACCAAUUUUAACAGAUUGUUCCCAUUAUUCUUAUUUUUUAUUUUAGCUUUUCUCUUCAAAUAUUUUUUUAGAAAACAAAAAUGCACAAACAAAAUCUCAACGCGUUUCGUCUUAUUCAUGAGUAGACUUAAUUUGAUACAGAGGAACACCCCUUUUUUAUACACUCAAUUUUCCACAGGUGAUUAAUCACCUUUUAAGAGAUGGCUCAGUUGACAAACAACUCUUGAGAAGGGAAACUUUUGUGAUAUUUUUUUUAAUUCUGUUCCACCACAUGGCCUUAAUGAAGACUUUAAAUAUGGGUAUUUUUUGUAGAAUGUAUGUUUGUAUGUAUACAGUAUAUACCUCUGUUCAUUAUUCAAGUUGCAGAGUAAAAAGAAAAAAGUAACUUAGUAAAAGAAUAUUUAGUGGUAUGAAAAGUUUUGUGUUGACGUACAGAUUGAGUGUUUAAAAUAAUAUAAAAAGUAUGGUCUUCUGCCUUCUGUUGUCAUUUCUGUACCUAAUUUCAGUUGUUUUUGAUUGUUCUGAUUGUCAAUUGAAGGUUUGUGACGUAAAGGUGAUUAAUCGCCUGUGGAGAAUUGAGUGUAAAAAAAAAAAAGGGGUGUUCCUCUGUAUCAAAUUAAGUUUACUCAUGAUUAAGACUCUGUCGAAACACGUUGAGAUUUUGUUUGUGCUUUUUUCUUUACUAAAAAAUGUGAAGAGAAAAGCUAAAACAAAAAAUAAGAAUAAUGGAAAAAUGUGUUAAAAUAAAUUAUUUUUGUGAAGAAUGGGUUGUCUUUUUCACUCGAAUCACUGUAUAAGGGCCUGUUGGCAACCAAUACAAGCUGCCUUUAUUUUCUCAGGUGUUGCCAGGUUGAUUACCUGGUCAAAGACUAAACACAUACAUGUAAAACAUUUAGAACAUAUUUGUAUUCUGUAUUUGUAUAUUAUGAUAUUUGAUUGGAUUUUUUAUGUACGUAUUAUUGCACAAUAGGGAGAAUUAACGAGAACAUUUCUAAUAUUUAGGCGUUCAUUUUUGUAUUGCUGUUUUAUAAUGUGAUGGCAAUCUGAACUAUAGUCAAAGUCUCUCAAAGUGAAUUAUUAUUUUAGGAAAGUAUUACGGCACAAGCACUUAUAUAUUACCAGUGUCACUCUCCUCACAAGGUUAAACUGUGAAACCCAGAACAUACUUUAACUGGCUGAGAUGAGCCCUUUUCAAGGCAUUUUCUCUGCUGUAAUAUAACAGAACUUGUUUUUUGAUGAAAUGGUGUGCAUUUUUUGCAUCCUUUGUGUAAGGUAUUUGAACUGAAAAACAUCAAAUACUGGUAUUAUCAUUGUGUUGUUUUAGAUUUGUUAAACAAAAUCUUAUUCUACUGAAAAUAUUUCUCUUUUGUUUCUAUAAAGGUUUAUAUAAAUACAGUAAUAACAUUUGCAGUGGAUAAACACUUCAUUUAUUAAUUUGUCCCACAGCAAAUUCAGAAAGGAUUGUUCUACAACAGUGUUAAUACCUCCCUUUAGUUUACUGAUAAUAAAUGUUAAUAAAAAACAUUAACUAAUAUUAAA